CACCUAACGAAGACUACAACAAUGCAUCAGAAAAAUGUCUGCGCCCAUGUUCAGUAGUUUUCAAGUAAUUUGGGCAUAUUUUUGAUUGUUUCUUACAGCUCUCUUUGUAUUUUGCAAGAUGGUUGAAAUAAACGAACUAGUGACAGUAACAAGGUUUCCAGAUGGAUUCAAGUUUGCUCUGAUGAUUCUGUAUUUCCCAAUCGGGGUGUUCCUCAUUGUAUGCAGAAUUUUAAUUGCCAUACAUACAUACAUUAUUGUGUGUUUAUUUCCGAGGGGUGCAGCUAGACGGCAGUUUGUGCGUGGCAUGUUAGGAGUGUUGGGUAUUCAUAUUUGGGUAGAAGAAGAUCCGAGCCCGCAGCAGGAGACUCCAAAAGUUCUUGUAGCAAAUUAUACAUCAGUCCUCGAUCAUAUAGUCAUUGAUGUGGUCAUCAGUCAUUUUGUGCCUUAUCACAGUAAUGUACCAAAAGUGUUCCAGUGGUUGCUAGGUUACAAAGACCUUACAUCUCCACAAGGAAAACAACAAUUUCUAGAGAAUGUGAAGAAGUUUGUACAAGAGCAAGAAUUUCCUAUUUUAAUGCAGCCAGAAGGUGUUCCUACUAACAAUAAUCUCGGACUUCUCAAGUUUAACACACAAGCUUUUGAAUUGGAAUUACCUGUUCAGCCGGUAUCUGUUCAUAUGUCAAGGCUGUCAUUUCCAUGUGCAUUGACAACUAUAGAUGGUCCUAGAUGGACUGACGUACUCUGGUGUUUCUUCACACCUGUAACUGUAUUUAAACUAAAAACACAUCCUGUAAUGAAGAAGGCAGAGGAAGAGACUGUGGAAGAUUUCAUAGAGAGAGUCCGGUCAGUUAUAGCGGGUGCUUUAAACCUUGAGUUGACGGAAUAUACUGCCGCUGAUAUAUAUGAAUAUCGCAAAAAAUUAAAAUCGGUACCACAAGCUCAGCAAAGAGCCAAACAACCUGCUCAAACAAGCCAAAACAUCACAGGUGGAAACAAUUCAGGAAGUUGUUUUGAUAGUGUUGAUGCUGAGUUAUGCAAAAUGGUUCAACAAGUGAAGGAUGUAUUGCCACAAGUUCCUGUUACAGCUGUGAAAAAAGACUUGGAGCUUACAAAAGAUGUAGAUGUUACAAUAUCUAACAUAUUAGAGGGUCGUGUUGUAUACAGUGCUGAAACAGAGGAGACAGCAACUAGCCAGACACAGUCAACAUCUUUAUUACCUGAUAAGGAUACAACAUUAUUUAAAGCUAGUUCAUUUUCUCGGAAUCCAUCUGACCGACAUUUAUCUCUGGAAGACAGGAAGAAGUUGAUGCUUGAAACGGCCCGACUUCGAUAUAAACAGAAACAUGGCAUGCUCUAGCAAUAGUUAUAUGUAUAUAGUGGGGUAACAAGAAUAAGAUUUGAAGUUGUGUCAGCCACCAUGUAGAACAUGAACAGACUACACAACUGUGCAGGCCAGUAUAGCUGUGUUCUAGUGGCAAUGGUUCAUCUCAACAGGGUAACUAAAGGCCAAAUUGUUAGAAUAUUGUCAAAUAAAUAAGUACAGUAAUUUAAGCCAACAAGAUGCAUAAAAAAUCAAAAUAAAUUUCAUAAAUUUGAUCAAAUAUGUAAAAAAUAGCCCACAAUUUGUUAUGAACAGCACAGGAAUAUUAUGACAAAAAUACUCCAUUUGAGCGGCAUCAUGACAAAACCAACAUAAUGGGUUUGCGACUAGCAUGGAUCCAUGCUGGUCGCUAACACACUAUGUUGGUUUUGUCGUGACGCGGCUCAUUUAUAUUUUGCAUGUGAAACGUUAUAAGGCAUGUGAACAUUUUAUACAUUUUUAAACUGAAGAUUAACAUUUCUCGUCUGGAGGUUUGCAGUUUUAAAAUGCCUACAUAUACAGUAGAACUUUGGUACAUCAAGGUUGAAGUGGCUUCAGUAAAAACUUUGAGACAUUGGGACAUAGGCUUGUGUAUUGGACUGAAUUUUUUGACAAAAUUGUGUUAGAGAAUGGGUAUUUGAUAAUUGCAAAAUGUGUUCUUUUGCAACACAGGUCAACUGUUUUAAUUAUUUCAUAGUAAAUUUGCAUUUUUUCCAACUGAUUUGCAAACAAACAGACAAAUAUAGUCAUUAAUGUUAUGAGUGAAUAUUGAUACAUUUAGUUAAUGUAAAGAAAUGUUUUGCCAUCAUAUUACAUUGUUUAGUUAUGUCAUGAUACAAAUAGGGAUAUACAUUGUAUAUAUGUCAUACAUUGUUUAAAUGAUGUAAUACAAGUCCUAAAUGAUGUUAUAAUACACUGAACAAACUUAUUAAAAUUCCUACCACAUAUUUUGAUCAAUGUGAAAAUACCUUUAAUAUACCGUAAUACACAAAUCUAACAAAAAGAUUACCCUUGAGGUUAAUGUAUUUUAUCCAAAAUAUAGGAUAUUUAAUAUAAUUACAAGGGUUUGUAUGAUGAGUUAUGUUCAGUGUUUAUUAUAUAAAUGAUGUAAUAUUUUAUAAUAUAUUGUGUAAAUCAUACAUGUAGGUUUUACAUUAUAUUUACAUUAUAUUCAUUAAUUGAUACAUGUCCUUCAUUGUAUGAAUGAUUAAUGUCAAACCUUGUAUAAAUAACGUAAUUGUAUCACAUGUCAUUAUGUCAUAUUAUGUAUAAAUCAUGAGAAAUAUUUUAUAUAUGAGUCAAAUGGUAUUUGACAUUACGACACAAGACUGUUAAGUGAAUUGGUCUAUAAUGGAAUGUCUGUAAUACAAUGAAUAAUUAUAUUGUUAGUAUUUAGUAUUAUACCUGUAAACAAACCACAAAAAUAAUUAUACAUGAAAGUUGUAGUAAGUGUGAGAUACAUAAUCCGAUAUUAUAUAAUUGAGCCGCGUCAUGACAAAACCAACAUAAUGCGAUUGCGACCAGCAUGGAUCCAGACCAGCCUGCGCAUCCGCGCAGUCUGAUCAGGAUCCAUGUUGUUCGCUAUCAGUUUCUCUACUUGUAAUAGAGCUGGUAAGCGAACAGCAUGGAUCCUGAUCAGACUGCGCGGAUGUGAGGCUGGUCUGGAUCCUUGCUGGUCGCAAACCCGUCAUGUUGGUUUUGUCGUGACCCGGCUCACAUAUAUUUAUAUAGCAGUUCUAAAACAAAAAGUUAUUAUUCAUUAUUCAUCAGAUAAAUCGUCAUUCUAAAUCACUUAAAACUUUAUCAACAUUUUUUUUUCAAGCAGCACUCUAUAAGAAUUUGUUUUUAUCAAUAUUUAAAAUACUAAUGGAAAAUGUACCCACUGUAGACCUAUCCACUUUAAUAACAUUUCAUUGAAUGUAUUCUGAUGUAAAUAUGUUCCCUGCAUUGCAAUGCAUUUAUGUUUUAUCAUUUAUUACAUAAAUGAUGUACAAUAAUGUUAUACAUAGCAUGAAUUAUUUUAAUUCAAUUAUUUUGUACAAUAUUUCCUUACAUUACAUAAGGAAUGUUAAGUUCUCUUGACUUCUGUAUAACUGGUGUAAAAAAUUACUACUUUGAAUGAUGAUGAUGAUCUUUAAGUCAUGGAAUCAAUAUAGAUAUAUAUUUAAAAGAAAUUUUCAAUCUGUAACUGCAUAAUGUGUAUAACAUUGAAUAAAAUAUGUAAAAAUGUAUAUACAGUAUUGCAUAAAUUACAUGUAUAUUAGAACUCAUUUAUAACAAUGACAAAUUAUGUACAAAUACGUACAUCAUUGCCUCAAUUAUGUACAAAUGUGUACAUCAUUGAAUUAAUUAUGUACAAAUAUGUACACCAUUGCAUUAAUUAUGUAGAAAAUAUGUCUGACAUUGCAACAUGCAUUGCAUAAAUGGUAAAAGAUAUGUGCUACAUUGUAUAAAUGGUAAAAUAUUUAUCUUUUACAUUGCAUAUAUGAUAAUAAAAUAGUGUCCCUACUCUGUUUAAAUAAUGUUAAAUAUAUAAUGAUAUACAAGGUUUAAGACCUGAUCUUUAAGCAUAAAUGAUGUAAACAUAAUUAUGCAUGCUAUCUUCUUUUCACUAAAAAAGUGUGAACAGAGUUUAAAAUGUAACCAUUAUUUUUAAAAGUGUGACAAAAUCUAGCAUGUUAUGAAAUAUUUGAAUAAAACUGUUUGUUAACAAGCUAGAGACCAUUCUAUUUUCUAGUAAAGACUGCUACAAAUACCUGCAUUGUUUUUCUUCUGAAUUAUCAGUGGUUAUGUUAAUAUAUGUGAGAAAUCUGUGAGAAGUUUACAGUUUUAGGUCAUGGUGAGUUAUUAGCCAGAAAAUGUUAGGCUUUGGUCAUAACUCUGCAGUUAGAAAAAUCAAACUGUCUUUUUAACAAUUAGAAUAAGUGUGUUUAUAAUGUAAGCUUUGUUGAAAUUUCGGUUUGUGUUUACAAUGUUUAUAAGUAUUCUUUUAAAAUGUUUCACAAAAUUUGAAGUGUCAUGUAGAAUGGUUUACUUGUGACAGAAGGUGUUUUUUUUACACAAGCAUACCAUUGUUUAAAUUGUUAUUUCAAUAAAUUGUUUUUGUUAGAAGAUACUGAAUGCUUUUAUGUUUUUUUUUCUAUUUCACUUUUAUUUUUACUCAUUUUUUCUUCUAAAUUUGAAGUAGUUGUCAAUUAUUUAUUAUGUAUAUCAGCCUUUGAAUAAAAUUAUGUUACUGCCAGUUGUGACUUAAUUGAAAAUUAUGAUUGCUUUCCAUUGUUUAUGGAUGGAUUUUUUGAUUGUCAGCAUGUUGAAAUGUAUGUUUCUCAUUGGAAAACAUGUGAUGGUCACUUAUGCAUGUAUGUUGGUAGUGUGCAAUUUCUUAACUUGUUAUGUUUUCAUUCUAGAAGUAAUUUCUUCAUGUUAGUAGUAUUUUCCAAAAAUGUACACUAAAAAUUACAGGAUGAUGUCAGUUUUUUUUUUAAAAAAGAUUUUUUAUUAAAAUCAGCAGCAUUAGUUAUUAUUUCAUUUUCAUUUGCUUUAGCUCUAUAAAGUUUGUCAGACUUUACAGAAAGUAUCUGUUAGUGCUGUGAUGCAAGUGAUUAAUGUUAAAGAUUUGAGCUGAGUCAUGACAAAACCAACAUAAUAGGUUUGCAACCAGCAUGGAUCCAGACCAGCCUGCGCAUCCGCGCAGUCUGAUCAGGAUCCAUGCUGUUCGCUAUCAGUUUCUCUACUUGUAAUAGGGUUUGUAAUCGAACAACAUUGAUCCUGAUCAGACUGCGCGGAUGCGCAGGCUGGUCUGGAUCCAUGCUGGUUGCAAACCCAUUAUGUUGGUUUUUUGUCAUAUCACGGCUCUUUUUUUUUCAAGCAGCAUUUUUAAAGAAAAUCCAAAUGAUACAUUUCUAUUGUUUUUAUCAAUAUUUGAAAUACUAAUGGAAAAUGUUCCCAUUGUAGAUACUUUUUAAACAUUAUUAGGUAUUGCAUAACAUUUAAGUAACUUUUUUUUUGCAAUUUGAUUUUGAAAUGUGUAUAUGAGACGUUAUUCAGAAUGUAAAUUGUUGUAUAUAUGCAAGGUGCUGCAUUACAUUUGAUGAAACCAUGUAAUUUGGUCAUUAAGUUCUAUAAAGUAUAUUAUCAUUAUCAUAAAUUUAUGCCUGAAUGUAACAUUUUCAUCUUUAGAUGGUUACCUUUUUUGUCGGAUAAAUAAAAUCUCAAUAACCAAA